AUGAAAUACUGCACAGACUGUCUGUCUCGAAGUUCAUCAAGCCAUAAUAACUUCAAGGGAAAUGAUAACAUCAGAAAUGUUGAGAAAUCUUGCAGUUGCCAUAGCAAGCCUGGAGAGUGGUUUCCAAAAGGCAGCAGUGCAGUUCUAACCCCUGAGGCAGUUCCUGUGGAGUCUAUAGAAAUCUGCGAGUGUUUAACAGACACAGAGGCUGACAGCCAGGAGGAGACCAGUGACCAGCUCCCCGUGUUUGCACCUUGUGAGAGCAGUGCUGAUGCUUUCAGAGAACACAAUGAUGCCAUAGCUAGGAUGUUCAGUGAUCUGCUGGCAGGUGACAAUGGUGUGCAAGACAAAGACCCAGACUUCACCAGAGGUGAGAAUAAAACCUUUGAGAAACUUGAGUCAGGAAAUGCAUCACAGCAAAGUCCAAAGGAAAGCACAGCCCAGCAUCAGCAGCCCUCUGGUAUUUCUCAUGCAGUCUCCCUUUUCACUGAAGCUUCUCAAGAGAACUACAGUUGUAGUACAGCCAGCAAGAAUUCAGAACAAUCAGAAGAAUCCUUUGAAUCUGGCUAUCGAAGCUCCAGCAUAAAUUCUGCUUCUCUGGAUGCAAGAAGUCUUCAAUGUACAGUUCACCAAAGCCUUUUUCCUUGCAGUUCAGGAAGUCAGCAUGAUUCCUGUGUUCUGGUCCAGGAAUCUCCAAAUAAACCAUCCUGUGGGACCAGAGAAGAUGGUGUAAGCAGUCUUGCACACAAGAGUUUUGAUACCCUUAUGUUUCCAUCCAUGGGGCUGUGUAGCUCUGCCUACAAGAGCUGUGACACCCUUAUAUCCCCAUCUGUGGAGCCCUGUGGUUCUGCAUACAGGAGCUUUGAUGUUCUUGUCUCUGCAUUCAAGGAACCAACUAGCUCUGCCUAUAAGAGCUUUGAUACUCUUCUGUCUCAGUCUGUGGCUAACAGCAGCCUGGCUCAGUGUUCUGAAAGUAUGUGCUCCUCACUGCCUUUGGCACAGAUUUCAGAGACACCAGAACUUAACUGCAGAGAUCCAAUUUACCAGCCCCCUAGCAGUGGGACAUGUCAUACCAGCUGCAGAGAGCUGGGUUUUCAAAACAGCUCUUCAGAGCAGACUGAUUUUCCAUCCAUCUUCACACCCGCAAAUGACAGUGCUGCAGCCUUCCUGACAGAGGAAGAAAUACACAAGCAAGUAACAUAUCAAAAUGUUCAAAAGAAAGCCACUAUAAUACCUUGCCCCGCUGGAACUCUACCAUCUGGUUAUCAACCUUUUGAUAAUGCAGUUAAAUGCAAUGGCACAUUCUGUGACCAUGCCAGGGAGGGUAACUCUGGGUCACCGUACAAGCCUUUCAUUCAUCUUUUGUAUAGCAACCUGAGACAAGCACCUCCAGAUACCAUUAGCUACACACCUGACCAGAGGACAGAUGACCCCACGUGUUUGGUUGUGCAGCAUUUUGACUGCAGCAUUGCCCCAUGUUUAGCCUCUAGUGAGGGUAUUAUACCGACCAGUGAUGGCAGCCUCUGGACCAUCAGCUCUGACAAGUUGCCUGCACGUCGCAAAGAUGAAAACACUGACAGAGAGGAAUGGCUUUUGUGUUUACUAGAGCAGAACUGUCAGGAUUUUAACAGCAGAGGAAGGACUACAAAGGGAACAAAGCCUAACAGCUUUAACUCUGCUGGACAAGGGGUGCAGGAGAGAAGCAGUAAUGGGCCAAAUGCUGACUUUCACUGCCACACAUACAAGCACUUGAGGGAACUUGGAAAGGCAGGGCAAAAUAGAGAAGUGAUGCAGCAUGCAGCAGGCAGGAAGCAUGGCUCAGUAGCUGCCCUACCAGAGGAGUCACUGGACAGCACUGGGUUGAACUUAGAAAGAAAAACUGCAGAGCCUUUAGAGCUCCUGGUCUCAGACGAGUCACCACCUCCUCCUUUUGUGGACAACUGUCCUGAUUCUCCCACCAUUCACAGUGAGGGCUCCCAACCGGCACCUGCAGUUAAAAAAAGACCAGUAGAACUAUUGAGGGAAAACAUACAGAAUGGGAAAGAGAUGGAAUCUGUACAAGGCCUUGCCCAGGAGGACAACUGCUACAUGAAGGUAGCCUAGCCAUACUUGCCAAGACUGAACCAAACCAGUGUUUGGAAGUAAACUGUCUGGCAAAUUGAAAUGUUGCUUGUUUUUCCAGUUGUGUAUGCAGCACAGGCUGCUGUGCUUCAGACACAGGUUCUGUGGGUUAAAGCCCUCAUGCCCGCUGUAGGGCUGGCAGCCACCCAUGGUGGGGACCCCUGGGGGACAGGAGGGCUUAGGACCUCCCCAUCCAGCUCUCUUGGGGCAAAGC